UCUAGCAAAGGAGGGGUAUGUGUAGCACCAAGAAACCGCUAAAUUAAUGGCUUUUAUUGGACCCACCCCCGCCGAAUUUGGCCCAUGGGUUCAAAAUAUUGCAAAGCAAGAUACUAGAUCGUGACAAUAGAAAUAGGCUGUGGUAUCAAUAGUGAAAAUCAAUGUGAAAAAACAAUAUGAAAUCACUCUUGGUGCGUCAAGAAACACGUACAGAUAGAAACUAUGCGUAAAAAUAGCAGGUGCGCUAUCUUUGAUCGCUGAAGAAAAGGGACUAGCCUAGAGAAGAGAGCAGUAAAUGGAGCAUAGGUAAAAAUAAGGUGACAAGGUACAUGAAUAGUUAGUCCAACCCGCCGAGCGAGUGUUCAACCACUGGAACACCAAAUGACUGGCUUAAGCAGUCAUGUGUGACAAGAAAACAACAAAAAUGUGUGUGUAUUCGUUGAUUACUAUUAGGUAGUGUAUAGCACUUAUGUGUGACUCAGGACAUAUAAAUACGGCGGCAAUGCUUGAAGGUUUAUUCACAUAAUAUGUUUUAGAUGUAACACUUGCUUCAGAAAAGAAAUAAGGUAUGGUUUUAACAAUGAUACAUGUCAGUGGUUGACUAAAUGAGAACGACAUCAGUCAAUUUAAUUGCUAUGGAACAUUUGUUCUUUAUUUUUGCACAGAAAAAAAAAACUUUAUUUCAUUUUAAGUAGGUUAUAUUUUGGAAAUUAUUCAGACACAUUAAAAAAAAAUUCUUGGAGUGAAGAAAUGCAAUUCAUCACGACUUGGACUCUUUUACGUUCUGUGAGCACUUUACGAUUUUCGGAUCUUGAAAUGGCAGUAAAUUAAGGGAAUACCCGUUCUUGGUUCGGACGUCAUUGCUCGAUAACGCGGCAUUCCGGACAUUAUUGAUCCUCGUUCUAGUGAAUGACAUUCCAACAGAGAUAGCGAGUUCUUAUAAUCAGGCACAGAAAAGCAUGUUGUAUUUAGAUUGUCUAUCUCCUCUAGUACACACACCUGCCUGUCGUUUUUGUUAGCGCGAUACACGCAUGCUGUACACUUAUUCGUCAUAUAGAUAAUUCAUUCACCUAUUUGCGACAACAAAGCGUUUAAAAGUCAGUGGGCGAUAGGGUAUACAUGUAAACCUCUUACUAAGCGAUUUGUUGUUAUUUUCGUCUGUCCUACCUGUACUAAUGUAGGCUUUGUUUAUUUCAGAAUUCUGCACACCAGUACGCAAAAUGUUGACCUGCGAUACACCAGAAAGUCUCUUUGCCGAUUUCCCGGACUUCGACCAAGAGGACCUUAUAACUAACGUCUUCUCCCACGACCAAUUCGUUCCCGAUCUGGAGAACAUUGUCCCAACACUGGACGUCAACUGUGUUCCUAACUUUUAUCAGGACUGGGACACCAAAGAAAAAGUAAGGCAGCAAUCCCAGGCUCAGUUUUUACCUCCUUCGUAUGAAGAACACAUUCAGACGACCGAGAACAAUAGUUUAGAGAGUUUGCUUGCGGAACCCGCCAAACCCGCGGCUGUACCCUGCAGACGACUCAGUGAAAUUUUGGAGUGUAUUAAUGAAGAUAAGGAUUACUGCAUCAUCACCACAGAAGAACGCGUGUCCCCAAUCACACCCCCUCCACCAGCAAAGGAAUCCACCUACAAAAACGACAAGUCAGAGGAAUCAAAACAGUUUGAAGACACCCUGAAAAGAAUUGCCUCCCUACUUUCAUGCGGUGGGCAAAUCAAACUCUGGCAAUUCCUUCUGGAACUUCUCUCCGAGGAAGAAAACAAAGAUUGUAUUCGAUGGGAGGGCACCAAUGGAGAGUUCCGAAUGGUGGACCCCGAUGCAGUGGCUCGUAAAUGGGGGCAGAGGAAGAACAAGCCUUCCAUGAACUAUGACAAUAUGAGUCGUGCUCUGAGAUUCUAUUACGACAAAUUUAUCUUGAACAAAGUGUCUGGAAAGAGACACACGUACAAAUUUAACUUCAACGCAAUCAUCAAUUCAAUGCAAUCUUCGACAUCUUCAAGUCAGUUCAAUUCUUCUCUCAUGGGACUUAUAAACAAUCUCACGCCCAAUGUGACGUGUCCGUAUCAGUAUCCGGGGUCUUUCCCAUCGCGUCAUCCCGCCAGGUUCACUCCAUCCAGACAGUUCACCACCCCUCCGCCAAACUACACAGUGCUGUGCACGAAACAGGAAUUCCCAUCCAGUUGUCGCUUUGCUUCAAACAAACAAUAUCCAUCUAGUCAUAUCAACGAGAACAUGUAUUCCAGCUGCCAGUUUAACCAGACUCUAUAUAGUGAUAACGCUUAUUCACAGGAAUACCAAAAACAACAGAUGCCCUUCCAGACCUCGUGUCGUGUCCAGAGUUCUGGGUACUCAAGGUCAUUCGAGGACAAUUGUGUAAAGACCAGGCGAGAUUACUAUCGGUAUUCACCGUAUCAACGACCCUCCAGCAACAACCCCUGUGUACCGAUGGUGGGGUACUAAAGAACUAGAUAGGGUUCUGUACAUAGUAGCAUAUAGCCAUUUAAAACUUGUGUUUGCUCAAAUACCAAUAUGACGUCAUUAAUAAAAUCUUUUAUCCAUUUUCAGAACUUCUGUGCCUGUAUUUUUAUUCGAGAAUACCCAAUGUACUGUGUCUUUUGUACGCAUUUUGUAUUAAUUUAUUUUUUUAUUGAUUCGUCCCGGUGCUGGCGCUGGGAUUUAUGAUCAUGUUUUUACUAUGGUGCUGUGCAUUAAUUAAAUGUUUUACUUCUCUGUGAAAUCCAGAUACACUUUCUUCAUGCUUUCUCUGCGUUCUGCGAGGCCCCUGCCUCGGGACUGUAAAACAAAAAAGUGCUUUUCAUUUAUAUCGACGCCUUCUGACAUUAUUUGAUGCUUUGGAGAAUUUAUUUUUCUAUUGAAUGUUUUCGAUUGUUCUCAUUUGUUGUUCAUUACAAUGAUUUGUGAAUGAUGUCAUUGAAAUAUAACAAAUAAAAUGCUUCAGAAAAAUUAA